AUGAAUGACUUCUACGUUAUUUCACAGUUGGCUGUCCUAUGUCAACCGAAAAAUGGUUUCUCAAAGGCAAUCUAUUUUACUAUUUAUGGACAACACCUCUUGCCAUAUCCAAGACGCAGUAUUUUCCAUCGUGAAAUCGGUACGGCUGCCUCUUCAAUGUUACAACCAAUGGAUCAGGGCGUGAUUUGGUCUUUCAAAUGUUCGUUUCGGAAACAUACACUGGAAUAUAUUUUGUCUUUGAUCGAAGAUGAGCAACGUAUCAUGAAAGCCGAGGUAAACAUUCUUAUGGCCAUGCAUCCGGUCAAGAAAGUCAAAGUCAAAGUUUUGUUAUGGACAUUACUUACAAGCAGAAGCUUUCCUUGUCCCAAUGGCUAUGAAGGUCGUCUACAGUCUACUGGUCUGUUCCCAAUUGCGUAUCGACGCCUCAUGGGAGAUCUCAUCNCGGCCGGUGAACUGGAUAAGUUGGAGCGUGUACAACGUGCUGCCACUAGAAUCGUUGUUGGACUAAGCGGGACCAGCUAUGAAGGUCGUCUACAGUCUACUGGUCUGUUCCCAAUUGCGUAUCGACGCCUCAUGGGAGAUCUCAUCUACCUGAGGAAGAUCCUGAGAGGUGAUAUGGACCCGGAGCUGCAACAGUACUUCCCUUUACGGACAGAGCACUGCACGCGGAGGCACUCUCUCACGUUGCGGAAACUUCAGUCAGUUGGUCUCCCGUUAGUCUACCGACUCUCGCAUGAAAUCGUUUCGAAUCAAGCUAAGCAUCGCAAAGAAGAAGUUGAAUGUGAGGCAGUGAACGCACCGGAAGUUAUCUCAAUCAGAGAAGCGCAGAAGUUAUUGGAUCACUUGAAGCUCUUUGCCUUGGCUAAUAAUGGGAGUUUGGGUCGAUUAUUGGAGUAUAUAAUUGAUUUAAACAGCGCGUUUGUUGAUUUUCAACGGAGAGCCAAGUUGAGACAAACGACGAUUUAUGAUUUGCUAAAAGUACAUCUUUGUAAUCUGCAAAGAUUUUUGGCAAUUUUGUGGGGCAUUGAACUGAACUGUGGGGCCCUCGAAUGUCGUUAUUUUUGCCGCAGUGGUCACCAAAGCCACGGUCAUUCGGUCUACCAAUGGGCUGUCGCACUAACGUGCAAACGGGCGAACCAUAAUCACGAUCGACUGCAUCAGGCCCCGAAAUUACAGAAGGGAGAAAAUGGACUGGAUGAGGACAAAAAAUGUGAUGCCCUUGGCGAAGAUGAUUACGUAUUGCUUGAAAGACUGUGA